GGGGGUAUCGUGACGUAUCUCUGAGCACGAGUGCUCGUCAAGCGCCACCAGCACCUACAAAAGGUGCUCAUUUGCGUCUCUUCUUCGAGGACUCUGACCACGCCAAGGCUCUUUUCAGCUCUACAUCCUCAACCCAAGCUUUUGUCUCAUUCUCCUUUCAGGCUUUGUCCUCAACCUCCGAGCCCCGAUGUUCCACAGCAAAGGGAGCACUGCGUCCGCUGGUGCCUCGCGAAAUAACCAAGUAGGCGCUGACUCCAACGACCGUCUCGGUGGAGGCCGCGCCACAUCUACCGUGCAAACUUCCUCGACCAACCAGUCCGGAAGUCGAGGUCACCAGGUGUCAGGGCACCACACGCACGCCGCUCCAGAUCGCAGCGCUCAGUCGAAUGCUCAGAGUGGCAAUCAGAGCAGAACUGCAGGCUCCAAUGCGAUGUCGUCCAAUCGCAGCAAUGCUAAUACUACCCCAGCUCGCUCGACCGGCAACGGUGCGAGCAACGCUGCGAACAGCACGUCGCACAAUAAGACGCAGUCCCAGCACAUGCCAAACGUUUCUGCCUCUCCAUCUCGCAAAGCACCCGGUGGCGCUACGCAGCGAGGCACUAGCGAUGUAGGCCGUACUCCACAUUCUGCUGCACCGCGCCAAGGCAGCCGGCAGCCGGUAUCCCGCUCUGACUCUGGCCGCGAUAAAGGAGCUGCGCGCACGGCUGCCAACAACAAGACGUCAAACCCCAGCCAGGGCGGGUCGAGCACCAAAGACUCUGGCAACGGUAUGCACAUGUCCGCUGAGGAUGCUGCUCUAUCUCGCCCCUGGAAGAAAAAUGAGCCGCUCGCUUACGGUAGUGGCUCUGGAUACUCGGCAACGGCCCUGGCAGCUCCGUCACACCUCACAAAGCUGGUCAACCUUACGUCAAAAAGUCCAAACCUUCCAUGCGAGGCGAGGCCAACGCCUCGAACAAUAGUGCGCCGAGGGCCAGUGACACCACCGGCGGUGGUCAACAGACAUCGCAAGGUCAAUCCACUCGGAGUCACUCAGCUGGCAACUCUAAUACCAACACAAACACCGGCCAUGGAAAGGGCCAGCGAGAUGACAAUGUUGGUCAGGGUGCACGCCAUGACCAAGAGGGUGCUUCUGCGAACAAUUAUACGAGCAACCAAAACAGCGGCCAGACGCAGAACAGCAAUUAUGGUCAAAGCAACAACUCUUCUGGCAAUAGCGCGAGCGCGAAUCAGUCCGGAAGCUACAACCGCACGCUGCGGUGACUAACGGCAACAAUACUUCGUCAAGCGGCGGCUCGCUUUCGAACCCGAGCGGCCAGUCGCACCAAGGUGGUGGCCAAUCCAGAUCCUCAGACAAUCAACGAGGCUCUUCCAACGGCAAUGCGAGUACGGGCAGCAACAACAAUGGACUCGGCUCCAACGAAUCUGCGCCCGCCAAGGAUGUUGCUUCAAGCAACCACUCCAGCGCAAAGUCGAACUCGAAUGCGAACACGAACUCGGGUACGAAUUCGAACUCGAAUGCGAGCUCGAACUUCAAAUCUGACUCGAAUGCAAGUGACUCGAACGUGAACGGGAAUUCCCACUCGAACGCGAACACGAACACAAAG